CCCCUUACCUGUUCUAAAAUCAGCAUAAACCACGGCCUCUUGGGGCUUAUUGCUUAUUAGCCAAUAAGAAUGGAAAGCUGAGGUGCCCCUAAUGUGGUAUUAAUAAUAACUGGAAACAUGAUGAGGGAUCGAACAGUAACCUUUUCUUCCCCAACGUUAUAGUGAAUGAAUAAUAAUACAAUAAUAAAUAAUCUUCCUCUUUUCUAAAACUUCCUGUUUGAAAGAGGGGAAACAAACAUCUCCAGUCAGUUCUUCCUGUCCAUCUCCCUCGUACGGACAGCACAGAGGACAUGCCUGUCUGGCGUGGUGGACGUUGAAACGCAGCUCUGAUACAGCAGUUGGAGUGUUACUAGAUGAUAAUCUAAACUAUAAGCUGCCUAAAGUAUUAUCAGGAAAGACAGGAAUGGCAGAAAAUAUGUCAGAAGACAUCUACGCUAAACCAGACAUGACACAGAAGAUGAAUUCAGAUGACAUCUACGCUAAACCAGACAUGACACAGAAGGUGAAUUCAGAUGACAUCUACGCUAAACCAGACAUGACACAGAAGGUGAAUUCAGAUGACAUCUACGCUAAACCAGACAUGACACAGAAGGUGAAGUCUGACGGGGGGGAGAUGGAGGAGAGGAUGGUGGACAUCUACGUUAGUGCUGACACUCUCAGAAGUCACGACCCCUGCUUACAGGCUAAGGACCCUACAGCAGAGAACUCUGCAGGAGAUCAGCUCUCAGGUGCUGGGGGUCCAAAGAGGAGUCUCUCCAGAGCUGCAGCAGUGUGUCUGGGGCUGCUGUGUGCUCUCCUACUGGCUGGGGUCGUAGCACUGGGAGUCAUCUUCACCAGAGUAAAAGAUGACAAAACCAUAAAGACCAUGGAGAGAGACCAGUUACAGACCAGUAACGCCAUCCUGACCAGAGAGAGAGACCAGCUGAACACCAGUUACACUAACCUGACCAGAGAGAGAGACCAGUUACAGAUCAGUUACACCAACCUGACCAGAGAGAGAGACCAGUUACAGUCCAGUUACACCAACCUGACCAGAGAGAGAAACCAGUUACAGUCCAGUUACACCAACCUGACCAGCGAGAGAGACCAGUUACAGACCAGUUACACCAACCUGACCAGAGAGAGAGAUGACCUUAAGAGGAGGCUGUGCAAUGUCACUUCCUGUUCUGUUGACUGGCUGAAGUUUGGCUGCAGCUGUUUCUAUGUUUCUACUGAGAAGAAAAACUGGGCUGAGAGCAGAAAGGACUGUAGAGACAGAGGAGCAGACCUGGUGAUCAUAAACAGUCCAGAGGAACAGUUAUUCCUCAAUAACUUCACCAAGAGAGUGUGGAUCGGUCUGACUGACACAGUAACUGAAGGGAACUUUACCUGGGUGGAUGGAACUCCACUGACCACACCCAAGUACUGGUACGACAAACAGCCUGAUAAUCACGUUUACGCAGGCAACGUUGAUGAAGGCUGUGCUGAGAUAUACUACCCGUCUCCUGCUGAUACAAAUGUUGUUCUUCCCAAGACAUGGAAUGAUAACAGAUGUGAUUAUAAAAAUUACUGGGUCUGUGAGAGAGGGAUCUAACAGAUAUACUCUGGGGUUUCUACACAUUUAACCUUCUAGCAUUUACUUUCCCAGCUAUUGUCUUGUCAAUAAUACCUGUCAUAGCUCCAUGUCUGAAAGAACUGUGGACACACCAAUCACAAUCAACAGAGCAAGAGUGUAAAAAUACAAUAUUUACACAUGGCUCUGAGUCUGUCUCAACAUAUUCAGAAUGGCCUCACAUACUGCAUGACCUAGAUGUGGACCUCAGUGUGUGUGUGUGUGUAUGUGUAUGUGUAUGUGUGUGUGUGUGUGUGUGUGUGUGUGAGGGUGGGUUUGUGUGUUGUUAUUUUACCCUGUAGGUACUGGUCCAGCCCAAACCCUGACAAUCACAAAUCAGGUAAUAUUGACGAGGUCUGAGAUAUACCCUUUCUACAGCCCAACUACUCGACCCCUGACAUGGAAUGACAACAGAUGUAAUGAAAAGAGUUUCUGGGUCUGUGAGAGGGGAAUCUGACAGGGGAGAUCCACUGUAGGUCCUCCAUGCAUUUCAUUCUCUUGCUACUUUUUUUUCAUUUUGAUAAUACCUGUUUGAUUGAAAGUGAAUAAUUACCUUUGACUUCCUAAUGGCUAACAGAGUCAAUUAUAUAAUACGAGUUACAGUGGCUAAAACAGUUUGUCUCAUUGAUUGUGGCAGAAAUCAGAGGUUUUCUAUGUGUGUAUUCUAAUCACAAUCAGUACAUCAGCUAUUGCCUUUUAUUAUGUUUUCUCAUGUAUUGUUGAUUUAUGUGUUCCUACUGUAGCCUACCCCACAGCCUUCU